AUGGAAUUCUCAGAUAUGGUCUGCUUUUAUAUUUUUGUUUAAGUCAUGAAUACAGGAAAUCAAAGUGUCAGAGCAGAUUUUAUACUUCUUGGUCUUUUCCAAUAUGGCCCAAUGGACACUGUACUCUUUGUUGUCAUUGCAAUUCUGUUUUCGGUGGCUCUGAUGGGGAAUAUCAUGCUGAUUCUUCUCAUUCAAUUGGACACCAGACUCCACACUCCAAUGUACUUCCUACUCAGUCAACUCUCUUUCAUCGACAUGAUGUACAUCUCCACCACUGUGCCCAAAAUGGCAACUAACUUUCUGUCCAAUAGUAAGACCAUUACAUUUGUAGGUUGCGAGAUUCAAGCAUUUGUGUUCAUGGUCCUUGGUGGAACUGAAGCUCUUCUUCUUGGUUUCAUGUCUUAUGAUCGCUAUGUAGCCAUCUGUCACCCUUUACAUUACCCUGUACUCAUGAGCAAGAAGAUCUGUUGGUUCAUGGUCACAUGUGCAUGGACCAGUUGUUCUAUCAACUCUUUAAUACAUACAUUGUAUGCAUUUCAACUCCCCUUCUGUAGAUCUCGGCUUAUUAAUCACUUUUUCUGUGAAGUUCCAUCCAUGUUGCCACUGGUGUGUCAGGACACUUCUCAGUAUGAACAUACAAUACUCCUGAGUGGACUUAUUAUUCUGUUGUUACCUUUCAUGGCCAUUUUAGCUUCCUAUGCCUGUGUGCUUACUGUGGUAUUCCAGAUGAGUUCAGGAAAAGGGCAGACAAAAGCUCUCUCCACCUGUUCCUCUCACCUGACUGUGGCAAGCCUGUUCUAUGUAACCACUCUCUCCACCUAUACAAGGCCACACUCCUUGCAUUCCCCGGAAGAGGACAAGAUAGUAGCUGUAUUUUAUACCAUUAUUACACCUCUUCUGAAUCCAUUUAUCUACAGCCUGAGGAAUAAAGAAGUUAUAAGGGCCUUGAGGAGAGUAUGUGUACAGAAAAUGAGACUGUAG